CGUUUUGAUUCCUCGCAUCGGCAAGCAGUAUCGUCAACUGCCACCACACUCAUUGAUCCCAUCCUUCGAGCAUCAUUCCCACGAUGCGUUCCUUCAACCAGCUUUCCACCCGCCUGCUAGCCCUAGCGCUCGCCGCCCUCCUCUUCCUCCUCCAGCUCACCCACGCCCUCCCUGUAACCACCUCCGAUCUCACCCCCGUGCACCCCGAGAACGCCCUCACCAGAAGAGGCUGCAUCCCCAGCAAACCCAGCAAGCCCGCCACCAACCCCCCCAAGACAAACACCUACACCUUCAGCAUGGACACCCUCAACCAAGCGAUCAGCAGCCAGAGCACCUACCCGCUGGACAGCAACACCUGCCUCUUCUACCUCGGGCUCGGCGGCGCCACGGGCCAGACCCUGGCGCAGGACUGGUGGACGCAGAACAAGCCCGCCAGCGCGGCCAGCCAGAUGAGCAUCGUCUGGGGCAACGUGCUGGAGCAGUACUACCACAGCGCAAUGCUGUCGGCCAACCUGGUCGAGACGCUGCCGGAUCCAGCCAACCCGGCCCAGCAGAUCAACGCCCAGACGGUCUGGGCGUCCCUGCUGUCCCAGGCGAUGGGCGAGAGCUGUACCGGCACCGUCUACUUCUUCACGCCCGAGGCCAACGACGGCACCAACCCCGUGACAAACGUGUGGAAUGUGUACGAGUAUCCCGCUCUGACCCGGAACUCCAAGGUGCAGCAGAUCAUCAAGGUCGACCCCAAUACCAACAAGCAGGAGGUGAUGUGGACCAAGGGUGAUGCGGUGUACGGGCCCGUGCCGCCGGGCACGGGGUACUCCCAGGUGAAGACCUUGGCUAGGGCGGAGUAUCCUACUCUGAGGUAG